AUCUAUAUUAUAUAUAAAGUUUGUUUUUGCGCGUAAAUCGCAGGUAGAUUCAAGUUUUGUUUUUAGGUUAUACAUUAUUUAGACACAAAUAACGAAUUACGAAUAUUAGUGAUAUUAUCCAUACGCUGCAAGAAUUGCGGAUACAGAUAUCCGAAGGAUAGGAUAUAAUGAUAACCUGCGCAGCUAAUGGUUGUCCUUCUACCCAGACCACGAAGAUAGAUGGCAAUCUGAUGUCAUUUUUCGCUUUUCCAGAAGAUGAUCUAAGAAAAAACCAAUGGCUGCACAAUUGCAAUUCGGCAUCAGGUGUCGUAAACGACAAACAGCCUCUGCAUCUCUGCGAGUUACACUUCGAGAAAGAAAACUUCACUCCAUCUAAAGAUUUGAAGUCAAGUGCUGUUCCUACUCUGUUCGGUAAAAUAGAAGGUCCUCCAAUUAAACGUAAAAUGGAAACUGCAUUACAGACGACACCAGAAAAGAUAUCAUUAAAACAGAAAAAAUUAGAUGAAGAUACUUUAGUGACACCACCACAGAGUCCAUUUACACAAGAUAAUGUGGAAGAUGCAAUUAGUGGAAGUAAAACAAUUGAUUGUGCAAUUAAUGGUUCUGUUGCAUCAAGCCUUGAACCACAUGAAAACCUUCAGACAAAAGAGAAGACAUAUUGUCUGAUCAUACAAAUUGAUAAAGUACGAUGUAAACCAGGCCCAAUUGAUAAUGAUGUGAAAGAUUUAUCAGAGAGAAAAAGUCAAACAUUACAGACACUGGCUAAGAAAAUCUGCGCUAAAGGUAGCUGCAAACUAAAAAGAUGUAUAUACAACUCGAAACCAGCAUUGCAGUGCAAAAUAUGUGAUCAAUAUUAUAUUAUAAAGGGUGAAGAGGAGAAAAGCUACCCUUGUUCUAUAUGUUCGAAAACUUUUCCUAAUCCACAAUCGUUGUAUGUGCAUAUUAGAAAACAUUUUAUUUGCGACAUGUGUCAAACGGAAUGCAGCUCACAGAUAAUGUAUGAUAAACAUGCAAAAUUGCAUGUUAGCACUGAUCCAUUACACCCAUAUAAAUGCCAUCAGUGUCUCAAGACAUUUGAAUUGAAAGAAGGCGUCAAGCAACAUUGUUUGACUGAGCAUUCAAAGACAAAAUUGCAGAACACUUUAUUUCAUUUCGCUUCGCCUUCUGUAACUACAACAGUCUCUCAGCAAAAUGAUUACCGAUGUACGAGCUGUAACAUUAAUUUAAAGAAUGAUCAAGCUUACAGGAACCAUAUAAAUCUUCACAAAAAGAAUGAAAGCUUGAGUAAUAUCAAUAUUAACGAAGCCAACAACAUAAUAGUACCAAAUCCUUUGACUGGGAGUCAAAUCGGUAUUCUUCAACCAGUAAAGUUUAGUUGUCGAGUAUGCUCAAAAGAAUUUGAUAAUGUCAGAGAAGUUGAUUUGCAUACGAGGACUCAUUUGGAAGAUGUCGAAGAAGAUCUUAAAUGUAAUAUCUGUAAGAAAUUUUUUAAAAGUAGCACGGCAUUCAGUGAACAUUUAAAGCAUCAUUUGUCACGUGCGUAUCCUUGUCCAGUUUGUUCAAAAGCUUUUAUUAAUAGAACUACUUUAAAAAUACACUUAAAAACUCAUUCUGAUUAGAUUCAUAGAUUGUAAUAAAAUGGAACAUCAAAAAAAUUCACGUAAAAUUUCAAAUAAGUUAUAUUUUGAAAAUAAUAUAUGAAUUUGAACUAAUAAUCUAUGAAUUAUGGCUGUGUUCUGAAAUUCACUGCCAGUACUGGAAAAUCUAUAGUUUACAUUAUGUAUAUUGUAAAUUUUCAGUACUGGCAGUGAAUUUCGAAACGCAGCCUAUAUAUAUUGACUUUUAUUAUUACAUACAGCGUGUUCCAUGGGAAGUUUCAGCAACUUCCCAGUUGCUGAAACUAAUUAGCUGUUAUUUUUAAACGCACAUACAGGACAAAAAAAAUAAAAUAUUUUCUAGCAGAGAACAUUUUGCAGCUUU